UAUCUACUUUAUUCCACUUUUAAUAACAAUGAUGGAUGCAUUGUCUGACAAACAUUUCCGGUUGCCUAUCAUGCAACAGCUGGAUCCUAACGAUAAAUUGGGAUCCAUUGUUCCGGAAGAAGAUGAAGUGUUGUUUGCAAAGAUUGCUACCAAAGUGCGACAAGACUUCUGCCUAGAUCUAUUUAGCGUCGAUGUGAUCGAAUGUGUAGAACAGGGCGCGAAUACGAAAAAUGCUGAAGACGUGUGCGAAGGCCGUAAACAACGGAAGUUUGCUGUGAUCGAUGUCAAUCCAUUGCCCAGUGAGUUACUGAUUACUCCGUGAGUUACAAAAACGUGCCGCACUUUCAUCACCAUCUGGGAAACCUUAUCAGAAAGAAGUUAUCACUACCAACAAUACCGUUGGAAGACACGAAUUAAAUGAACUUUUCCAGUCCGGCUCCUUAACAUAUCAUCCCGAAUCUUUCUCCAACGUUUCUUCGAAAGAUUCUUGGCUUAUUAUGGCUCGAGAAAUUUUAUCAGCCUUUUUCCACUCUGUGUUCUUGUUUUCAAAAGACUACCUCCUUAUUUUUGACCUUGUUUAUGAAUAGAAAUUCAGAUUUGUAAAUUCACAAGUGGAAAUUUGAUGAACCCUA